UCUCUUUAUCAUAAUAUAAUAAUAGUUAGUAUCCACCAUAAUUCAAUUAUUAGAUAAAAGCUAAUAUGACUAACUAAAUUGACUAUUAACGCUUAUGCGGGCAAAUUUGGGGUAUGACAAAGCUCUUUGUGGCGUAGAAAAUGGAAUCACAAUCAUUAUAUUUGAGGAUUAUGAAUUAAAGAGUCAACUACUUAAAUAGCUUGAUAAGCCAAUUGUUGAAGUCAAUUCUUGUGAUCCCUUACAUUCUUUCUUGAUUAUUGGCUAACUUAUAAUAAGAAGAAUUCACAUGAUUGGGGCAACCAAAGGCUUUCUUAUAAGGAGUUUGUCAACAAUUUCUAAUGUAUGAUACAAUUGGUUUCCCUUCUACAAUUUGUAUGUCCAUGUCAUUUUGUUUCAGAGCAAUUUUCUGAGAAUGGCUUUAAUUGCAUAUAUGCAUUAGAUGACACCAUGGGUUAUUCCCUAUCCCAUGUCAUGUAUUGUAUAGCACUAUUGUAUUGUAUAUUUUUGAACUUUAUAUAAUACGGAGUAUACAAUACACUGGUAUGGACAACUGUUCAUUAUAAAAGCAAAGUUACUUCAUCAUUAUGUUCCAUUAUAAAAGCAAAGUUAGUGUUCAUCAUUCUGUCUGCCACAUCUUAGUGGUUAAAGUGGCUCAAUCAAACUCUUCCCUUCCCAACAAUCUUUACUGGCCAGUGGGGACCUGUUUCAGGAUAUUUAUGCAAAAGUAGACUUUUUAUUCAUAUGAAAACUAAUGAAAAGACACAAAGAAAAUCAAUAAUGGAACCUUGAAUCAAUUAUUGAACUUUUCACUGUGCCUUUCAUAAUUCCCAAUACAUCAGCUACAGCUACUUAAGCACUUGCUACCAUUGCAUUCUACUCACAGUUCUUCCUGUUUACUUCAACACUCCAAAAUUCAAUCUUCUUAUUUUUCAUCUCUUUCAUUGCUGAAAAAAUGGCUGAGGCCUUGCUUGGAUUUGUGUUAGAGAAUUUGUCAUCUCUGCUUCAGGAUGAACUUUCCACCGUUUUCGGAAUCAAGUCAAAGGCUGAAAAGCUAUCAACCACCUUAGAUCUCAUCAAGGCUGUCCUUGAAGAUGCUGAGCAGAAACAAGUCACUGACCGCUCUGUUAAGGUAUGGCUGCAACAACUCAAAGAUGCUGUAUAUGUGCUAGAUGAUAUCCUUGAUGAAUGUUCCAUUAGAUCUACCCGGCUGAGGGGUAUCAACUUAAAGAAUUUACUUUUUCGUCGUGACAUAGGCAAGAGGUUGAAAGAAAUUACAAGGAGAUUAGACGAUCUUGCUGAUAGUAAAAGCAAAUUUAUUCCUCGAGAGGGUAUUACUAUUAGGGAAAGCUCAAUUGAAGUACCUGAAUGGCGCCAAACCAGCUCUUUUAUUGCCGAACCUAAAGUUUUUGGACGAGAAGAUGAUAAAGAAAAGAUUGUUGAGCUUCUUCUCACCCAAGCGAAGGACUCUGACUCUCUUUCCAUCUAUCCCAUUGUUGGCUUAGGCGGUGUUGGAAAAACAACUCUUGCUCAGUUGGUCUACAAUGAUGUUAGGGUGACUGUCAAUUUUAAUACAAAAAUUUGGGUUUGCGUUUCUGAGGCAUUUUCGGUCAAGAGGAUUCUAUGUUCCAUUAUAGAAUCUAUCACAUCUGAGAAGUGUGAUUCUUUAUCUUUAGAUGCCAUACAACUAAAGGUGCAAGGUUUGUUGCAAGGUAAAAGAUACUUUCUAAUUUUAGAUGAUGUAUGGAACAAAACUCAACAAAUAGAGUCUGGAUUAAGCCAAGAGAAAUGGAAUAAGUUGAAAUCUGUGUUGUUGUGUGGAUCUAGAGGUUCUUCCAUUUUAGUUUCCACUCGAGAUGAGGAUGUUGCGGAAAUUGUGAGAACAUGCCAAACUUAUCAUUUGUCUGGUCUUCCAGAAAAUGAAUGUUGGUUGUUGUUCAAACAAUAUGCAUUUGGACAUGGCAGAGAAGAACGUGCAGAACUUGUGGCAAUAGGUAAGGAGAUAGUAAAGAAAUGCGGUGGAUUGCCUCUUGCGGCACAAGCAUUGGGAGGUCUGAUGCGAUCUAGGAGGGGAGAAAAAGAAUGGCUUGAAGUAAAAGAGAGCAGAAUUUGGGAUUUAACACAUGAGAAUUCAAUCUUGUCUGUCUUGAGGUUGAGCUACUUUCAUUUAACUCCGACCUUAAAGCAGUGUUUUUCUUUUUGUGCAAUAUUUCCCAAAGAUAGCAUAAUCAUGAAAGAAGAACUGAUUCAUCUUUGGUUGGCUAAUGGAUUUAUUUCGUCUAGAGAAAAUUUGGAGGUCGAAGAUGUCGGCGGCAUGAUUUGGAAUGAAUUGUGUCAAAAAUCAUUCUUUCAAGACAUCAAGAUUGAUGCAUAUUCUGGACACAUUUCAUUCAAGAUGCAUGAUCUUGUGCACGAUCUUGCUCAGUCGAUAAUGGGGGAAGAAUGUGUGAUUUUUGAGAAUGAAAAUGUGGCUAAUUUGUCAAAAAGUACACAUCAUAUUAGUUUUCACUCUGCUCGCCAUUUAUCAGUCUAUGAGAAUUCUUUGAAGAAAGUAGAAUCCUUACGCACAAUGUAUGAGUUGAAUCAUUCUUAUCAUGAACACACCGAUUACUUCCCAGCGAACUGUUCUCUUCGGGUUUUAUGCAUCUCCCCUUCCCAGGUAUCAUCACUCGGAAGCUUAAUUCAUUUGAGGUAUUUGGAAUUUUACGGUCUUGAAAUUAGCAACAUCCCUAACUCGAUUUACAACUUACGUAAAUUGGAAAUCUUGAAAUUAAAAAGUCUUACAGAACUGAGAUGUCUACCGAAACGUUUGGCUUGUUUACAAUAUCUUAGGCAUCUUGUUGUUGAACGUUGUGAUUCACUUUCUCAAUUGUUUCCUGACGUUGGGAAAUUAACUUUCCUAAGAACAUUAAGUGUAUACAUGGUUAGUUUAAAGAGAGGACAAAGCUUGACAGAACUACGUGAUCUAAACCUCAGAGGAAAACUGAAUAUCAAAGGGUUAAAAGAUGUUGGUAGUUUAUCUCAUGCUCGAGAUGCCAAUUUGACAGCUAAAAAAGAACUCCAGGAAGUAUGCAUGUCAUGGAGCAUCAAUGAUGAAAUCACCGAGAUCCCGAGUUUUAGUUCCGAGCAAGUACUAGAAGGGCUUCAACCUCACACAAAUCUCAAAAGCUUGAAGAUACAUUACUAUAAUGGCUUAUGUUUCCCAAGUUGGAUCCAAACUCUAACUAGUUUAGUUUCUCUUGAACUUAAGGGUUGCAACAACUGUGUGCGACUUUCACCACUUGGUAAACUACCAUCUCUUAAGAAACUUAAACUACGUGAUAUGAAAAAUGUGAAAUUUGUGCACGAUAAUGAUGGUGACGAAUCUCACGACGGUAUGGACGUGAAGAUUUUCCCAACUCUUGAGGUUCUCAUAUUAAAUUGUUUGCCAAGAUUGGAGAGAUUGUUGAAAGUGGAAAGAGGGGAGAUGUUUCCUUGUCUUUCUAUUUUAAAAAUUUCCUAUUGCUUUCAACUUAGAUGGCCAUGUCUUCCAAAUGUUAAAGACCUCGAAGUAUUUGGAUGUAACAAUGAGUUACUGAGUUCAAUCUCUAGCUUCUAUGGUCUUACUACCCUUUACCUUGUUGAAGGUCCAGGAAUAACAUCCUUUCCAGAGGGAAUGUUCAGAAAGCUUACUUGUCUUCAAUCUCUACAUGUACAGUAUUUUGAGAACUUGAAGGAGUUACCAAAUGAACCCUUUAGCCUUCCUUUGGAGUGUCUGUAUAUCACUGACUGCGAUGAGCUUGAGUCUUUACCUGAAAAAAUUUGGGAAGGUCUGCAAUCCCUUCGAUCCUUGACAAUUAGUAGUUGUGAAAAAUUGAAAUGCUUGCCAGAGGGUAUCCGACACCUCACUUCUCUAGAGGUUCUAAUAAUUUAUGGCUGCCCAACAUUAGAGGAGCGAUGCAAGAAGAAACAGGGGAGGACUGGAACAAGAUUGCGCAUAUUCCACGAAUAAUUACUCCCUCCCUCUCAUUAUAUCUCCCUCCCCCUCAUUAUUCUUCAUGUUAAGGAUACUAUAAUUAGAAAAAGUUAAAUGUAAUUAAAUGCAAUAAAGUCAUAUUUAAAGUUUCGAUACAUUGAAUGCACGCGUUCCAAAAAAAUAUUUCUAUAAAUAUCUAAUUAACUUAUGCCCUUGGGGCACAUGUUAGCUUUUUCCUAUAAAAAUAUGUUGGAAACAGGGGAUAUUGUUUUGUUUUCUUUCGAAAAUGUUUUGUUUGAGUGACAUCAAAUUGGAUAUAAGAAGGAUACAUGCUUUGUUUGUUACUUUGUUAAAUCCUUUUGAAAAUAUUUUGUUUGAGGGACUUCAGAUGUUUGAAUCUUAAGUGAAAUUUAUAAAUUUUUCAAAUAUUAAUAUAACAUAUUUAUAUUUAUUCUUUGUUAUGGUGUCUUAAUUUCUUUUUAUAUUUUAAAACUUUGAUAAUAAUAUUUUAUUAAACGUAAGUUCGGUCAAGGAUUAUCAAGCUUCAAGAGGUCUUUGACAAAGGCAUCCCCUCUCCUAGUUUCUUUUCAUUAUCGUAACAAAAGGUUUAGACGGGUUCAUGAAAAAUGUGGUUUCUCAAGUAAUUUUUCAACCUUUCACUUUUUUGAAUAAUCUCAAUUUUAAUCUCCAAUAAUUUGUAGAUGACACAAUCAUUCUUGGUCAAUCUUGUUGGGAAAG